CCACCAUUUUUUCCCUUUUUUUAAAUGUAGGCUAUUGCAGGCCAGCUCUGUAAUUUUGGAAUCUGUCCUUGUGUAUGGCGGACGGGAAAAUUCCUCACCAGGAACGGUGACACAACCUCCCCCCCCCGGUGUGGGAGCUGUGAGCGGACAGUCCGCACGAUCCGGACUGUCGUCUUUUUGACGGCUCGUUACAUUAUUUGGUAUAAAAAAUGUAACGUAGCGUGUCGAAGCGGCGAGGGGGGCAAACACAAGACUGGAGGGAAAUUUCUAACAUUUUUGAAUUUCCUCAUAACUAAUUCACAUUUUUUCCCCUCCCCCGGAGGAGGAAGCCGUUGUUGCAGACACCCCUGGCCGAAGGGAGGCUUUUUCGUCGGGAGUGUUUUCGCAUGAGCCACGGCGCUUUUGGAGUUCAGGGUCGGAGAAGGUGGAGUCAUGAGUGCACAAGAGUCACCCAGGGUUGGAGAAGGCGGAGUCACGAGUGCACAAGAGUCACCCAGGGUUGGAGAAGGCGGAGUCAUGAGUGCACAAGAAUCACCCAAUCCCGGCAAGGAGCUCGGAAGCGGCGGGAGCAACGGUCCCCCGUCCACUUCCGCCGUGGUCAGCCAGGACGCCGGCUUGCCUCCAGUCACGAUCAAGAAGGAACCGGGCACCACGGAGACGAGCAACGGCACCUUUGGUGACGCCAACCCGGCGGAGAUCUGCGUCGUCAUCGGAGGAAACGACGGCAAGGCGAGCGGAGGCGGAUCUCGCAGAGGCCAGACGGAGGGUAUGUUCGCUCUUGGUACUCCUCCCCCAACCAAGAGCACAGACUCGUGCAUAGGUUCCUAUGUAUGUGGAGUUUGUGGGAAGAAGUACAAGUAUUACAACUGCUUCCAGACGCACGUUAGGGCACACAGAGAAUCUGAGAGCAUGGUUGCAGAUCUGCAACCAACGCCCAACAGUGGCUUCCGAUAUUCCUGUGACAUCUGCGGCAAGAAGUAUAAAUACUACAGCUGCUUCCAGGAACACCGUGACCUGCACGCAGUGGAUGAUCCAUAUGAGCAGGUCAUGAUCCCCAUUGAUGGCCUUAAAGAGGAGGAGCCGGUUGAAUCCUAUCCUAAAAUUGGACCAAAAACGGGCAGCUUUGUUUGCGAGUUCUGCGGGAAGCAGUACAAAUAUUUCAACCCCUACCAGGAGCACGUUGCGCUUCACACACCCAUGAGCUCCUUUGAUUUGACGGCAUCUCGGGUGCAGGAGUGCGGAAGCUUGGACAUGAGUAAAUUUGGCCACAGCCAAACUGAUAAGAUUAAAACCAGUCACUUCAGACGGAAACUGGAGAAUGCAUUACAGUCUAGCCUGGUUGACACAAACAGUUCACGGAAUUCAAGUGGCACUCCAAGCCCUCUGGUGGCCACUUCCUUCCCUACACCUCAGAAACCCUACACUUGUGGUGCCUGUGGCAUCCAGUUCCAGUUCUACAACAACCUGCUGGAGCACAUGCAGUCCCACGCUGCCGACAACGAGAACCACACCAAAGGAGACUCUCCAAAAGCCUCCUCAGCCUCGGGUCCUCAGGAGCCCCUUUGGAGAGUGUCUCCGGCUCAGGCACCGCACCCUCCCGUCAAACUCCAGAUACAACCUCAAAGUCUCGUCCAGAGGAACCACAAUAUCACCCAUAAUAAUGGGCUGCCUGAGAAGGAGCGACUACAGGUGGCCGAGCGUCUCUUACGGGUAAUGUGUUCUGAUCUGAACAUGCUCAACGUGCUCAACAGCAAGGACUUCCUCAAGCUGGCGCAGACGCUGGUGGACACGGGGGCACGUCACGGUGCUUACUCCACCCGCGAUGCCCUCGGCAACAUGAGUGCCUUGGCGCUGCGUCAGCUACCCCGCAUGUACAACCAGGUCAAGGUCAAGGUGACGUGCGCCCUCGGCUCCAACGCCUCUCUCGGCAUCGCCGUCACCUGCCACUCCCAGACGUCGGGGCCGGACGCUUGCUACGUUCUGACGGCGUACCAGGUGGAGGGGUCGAGACUGAAACGCUACGUUCUCGGCGUGCGGGAGGCGGAGCUGAGGGAGGGGCCGGAGCAGAUUCACCACUGGGUCCAGAAUGUAUUGUCUGAAUUUGUGAUGUCAGACAUUCGCACUGUGUACGUGGCGGAGCCCCGGGUGUCGGCGAGCGGAUUCGGGGUCUCUUCGCUCGGCGGCGGCGGCAGGGGCAGGAUAUGCUUACGCUGCGCCGGGUGUUCGCUCGGCGCAGUGGUACAGGCGGUCCUCGGCAAACGUAGCCUGCAGGCUCGAGGCCUUCACGAGCUGGCCGAACUCCUCGCCACAUGCAAGGACAUCUCCACCUCCACCACACUGACACUGAGGGAGGAGCACACCAACGCUUCCCUAAGCAUGACCGAAGAAGGGGCGCAGGGCAGCGCCGCCCAGUGCCCCACCCCUCCCUGUUGGGACCGUACGGCCGAGGCCCUUCUGCAGGUCCAUGCACACUUUGAGCACAUCUGUGAGACGUACGGACGCAGUAAGUCCACAGCGCCGCUGCUCCAGGGACUCAACAAGCAUUUGCUGGGCACGCUGACUUGUCUGCUGGCUCCUCUGCGCCUGGCAGCGCUGGAGCUGAGCAGCCAAAGGAGACCCACCCUGCAGCAGGUGCUUCCCGUCUACCUGCGCCUGGAGAAGUUCUUCACUUCCAAAGCCGGAGAAGCAGGAACCGGCAUGGCCAGCAAACUCUGCCACUACUUCCUAGAAGCGCUCAAGGAGAACUUUAAGGUUGAGCGGGCCCACCAGGUGGCGAUGGUAUUGGACCCUCAACUCAAGCUACGCUCAGUUCCCGCUUACCAGCACGAGGACAUCAUCUCCCGCGCCUGCGAACUUGCCGCCGAACCCAGGGACGGCGGCAUGACCGCGACCGGGGCGUCGUGCGGCGAGGAGCGGGACGCCGAGGGCCCUCCCAUGCCCAAAAUCACCCGAGUGGAGGGGUCGGGAAACAACGGCGGCCUUUCCAGGAUGACCUUGAGCACCAACGACGAGAGUCAAAGCCACGUCAGGCAAGAGAUCUUCCAGUACCUGGCGGAGCCUCUCCUCCAAGGCACCACCGAUCUCUUCCACUACUGGAGCUCGACAAUGGGCGACAGGUUCCCCAAGCUUGCCCGCCUGGCGCUGUGGCUCCUGGCCGUGCCGGCGGUGGGCAUACGAAGCGAGUGCGUAACUGUGUGCGAGCAGAGCCUGGCCAUGAAGAGGAGGCAGCAGGUAACCGCCGAAGAAAUGAACAAACUCAUUUUCCUUCGCUCCAACAUGGGCUAACCAACCAAACCUUCACCUUCCACCAGAGACUUAUUUAUAUACACUAAGGCCGACUGUAAAGCUAAAUGUGUAUGGAGAGGUGAAACAAAAAAAAAAGAAGACAUUUUGAGGUUGCAAGCGGGACGGAGCAGUUAUUUGAGUGCCAGGUGAGCCUCUUUUGUCUGGCUUGAAGACUCAACUGCUUUAAAGGCUACAUGCUGUUAGACUUACGGGAUGGCAGGUAAGGUCAGUAAGAGUGAGGUUGCUGGCAUAAAUAAAACACACACAACGGUUCAGUAAUUUCACUGCCUUUUGCACCUCUUCAGUCUUUUGUGGCAAUGACGCCAAGAUUUUUUUUUUUUAUUUCAGCAACCGCCUCCCCAAAAUCUGCUCAACCACUCACCUUUUUGUUCAAAAAGGUUCAGUACACUAAGAGUUGAUUACGGUCUUUUGCCCUUGUUAUAGGCUAACGUCGUCCACUGUUUCUUUUGGCUGGAUUUACACUGCAGGGCUCAGUGGCUACUUCCGAUGACCCUGAAUCUACUUUUUUUUGUAUGAAAGUUAUUAUUUUAUCUUUUACAUACCCGCAUUGGCAGAUAUGCUGGAUGUUUGUAUCCACAUCUGACAGGUCUAAUUUUGAUAGGAAAGAUACCAAAUUCAUAGCAUUUUUCUUCUUCUGUGACGCAUAUUCACAUCGACAACAAAACCUCAGAAUUGUGCCACUUGAAUCGUGCGGUGUAAAUCCAGCCUUUGUCUCCUGCUGCUACAUGUGCUAGCCGCACUGCUUGGCUUAUGGGCACCCUGAUCAGACGUUUGGGGGUUUUGCGAUGAUUGUGUUAACAGUUAGCGUCAUACUUAGGGUACAGCCAAGCUUGUAUUGAAUAUAUUUAAAUCACAAGGCAGUUUUAGCUUGCUCACUGUAGAAAACAUGCUGACCUGCUGUCAAUUUUUAAAAUUUUGUUUAUAUGCUGUGUUUUUUAUUUUUAUUUUUUUGCAGUAAUUUGAAUAGUCUUGGUUCUGGUAAAUGCAUAACUUCUAGAACCCCCCUUUUUUAAAAUCAAUAUAGUUUAGUCUUCCGUAUGUGGGGCUUCAUGUGUUCUUUUCUCGAGGCAAUAAGCUACAGUGCAUGGUUAAUAGGGUAAACGGCAGAAUCUACCAAAAGAGAUUGGUGGCGGGCACGCUGCUUCCACCGUCAAUUGGCGAUCGCUUCGUUUUUGUGGGAAUCAAAACGGAAAUCUCUCCCAAAGGAAUACAUUAGCCUGACAUUCCCCUCACUGUACUUUGACCUCCAUUUUGAGCGACACGCGUGCACCCUCAAAUACAGCUUGUCAUGUCAUUUGAAAUGAGCACGUUGUAUGAGAGACAGAUACCCUGGCACCCCCACUAAUCCACCUACCUAAGGGCCACCGACGUGCCCCGAAUCAAAUCAAGUUACUUUUAUUUAUUUAUUUUUUUGGAGGGGGUGUGCUAAUACCUCUUUUAAUUGCCUUGGAUGAAUGGCAUACACAACAGUUCCCUGCCUGAGCAGAGAUGCUCUGUCAUGGUAAUUGUGAUCAAUUGGAAUAUCCUCAUCUGAACGGCGACUCACUGACAACGUCAUGAGUAGACGUCAUUUCCGCUUCUUACUUUCUACCAUCGAUAAAAUACGUUCACGUUGAUCACCUCACUAAUAAUGUCGUAGGCUUCCUCCUCACUCCACAAGCGUGGUGCUGUGCCGUGUGUGAGGUUUGCCUUGUUUGUUUACCUCUGCUUGUCUAUUUACCGUGGGCUGCACGCCAAAUGCCCCCCCCCCCCCCCCCUCCAAGUAGUUUCUGUAUUCAAAACACCAAAUUCCUUGUGGAUAAACCAUGCACAGAACAUAAUUAAGCGUUUCAGUGGGGAUAUUCCAAUACGCGUUUACAUGACCAAAUAUUCGGGUUCAACCCGGAGUCUUAUUUGGGAUUUUCAAAACCGGAAUAUGGCAUAUUGGGGUUUUUGCGGGUGGCCUUGCACAACCGGAACGUUACUAAUAUUCCGCUUUUGAAAGAGUUAUUGACUGCAUGUAAAUGUAUUCCGUGUGUUCCUUCUGCCCUGCGUUUGGGCUUUAUAUCGCUUACUUUCUGUCAACAACAAAAAAAAACAGCCUUUAUGUUGCUAAAUUAUUGCCUUCUCUGCAACAUCUCAUUUAUUUGCAUUUUGCGUUGUUGCUUCUCUAAGCAACUUUUGACUGACUGUUGGAAACAGUGUCCUCUAGUGGUUAAUCGUAGACCUGCAUUAUGGACUAAUGGACUUGGCAAGUGCUUUCUAUCCCACCACGCAAUUUCCUAUUGUGAGCAUUUACGCUCGUGGUGUUGUCUUCAAUAAUAAGAAUGGUCCGUAAUUGUCUUCAGUUAAUACUAUAUUAGUAUAUUCGACAGUAUUCUAUUCAAACGGUGGAACUAUCUGUAAAUAUAAUGGCCCAUCUGAACCCCCACAAACUGCUAUAGACGCCACACAUUUUUUAAUGUUGAUGAUUUUUCCACCAACAAACAAAAAAGUGCUUGGUUUAUUGAACAUUAUCAUUCAAUAUUUGAAUUGUUUUAUCUUUUAAAAUGUCUGUUUUUUUGCGGGUAACCCGAUUCCGUGCGACCUGGAUUUGGGGAAUUAGGCAUGGGCAUUUCCUUGACAAACUUUUAAUUGAUGAGCAAUCGAAGAAUCUUUUUUUUAAUCAUAGUAAACAUUAAAGGAGAAACAUAUUGUGCAUUGUUUUUACAAUCUUGAACAGUUCCAAGGCAUUUAUAUAAUCUGUGGCACGCUUUUGUCAAAACACCCCAAGGAUCAUGAAUUGCAGCGCACUCUGCGCCCCGUUUCUUGUCUUCCUGAAAUUAGCUCGUUUUUAGGAGCGGGCUCUGUCUCCUGCAAGUGAGUUAGCCUUCAUGCUCAGCCAAGCCCGGCUUUCAUUACCAUGACAACUGGGGACAGAGCCUGAUCUUUGUAAAAUAGUCUUCGCGUGACUCCCCUUGUCAUCUCGCCUCCUAGUUGUGUGCACAACAGCCGGCAGGAUGUUGCCGAGUGCGUGUGUUCCCGAUGGCCAGCUCUUCUGUCGCAUCGCUCGGGUAACAUCAUCAAAAGUGUCCACAAUCCGAACAAAACUGUUAAAUGCCAGAUUUUCUCUCCUUGCUUACACCCAAUUAAAUACAAGUCGCAUUUUCACGUAUAAGUGAUUUGUU